GUUCAAAUCACACUGAAUCGCAAGCAAAGAUGGCCGCGUCACAAGUAGUUUUGUAGUUCCGAGACGAGACGUUUGUUUACGAGCACAAUCUCAACGGACUGGAUCUCCGCCUAAAGUCCUGCAGCUAUAUAUACUCACAGGGAUUCCGAAGCAAUGCAUUCCACCGACAGCGCCAAAGGCCUGGGCAGCAAAUUGACUGCAAUCUGUUGCCUGCUCCUCCACCUCUUCCUCUUCCCACAGCCAGCGGCAUCACAGACUCAAAGUUCGCCGCGUUAUCUACAGAAUGGGGAUAACAACAACGAUCGCAUGCAGCAGAUUCUCAAGGGAUCGGGAGCAGUAUCGGGGGUCACGCAGCUCAAUUGGCCACAGCCGCCCAAACAGACGAUUCCCAACGUCAGGACUGAGCUGGCUAAGCUUAACAACACAUACCUUUACCAGAGUGCCUGGCCGGCGAAGAAUGUGAAGCUCGGAGCAGUGACAGCCGUAAGCUUCGACAAGGCCGGCAACGUGGUGAUCUUCCACCGGGUGGACCGCAUCUGGGGACAGAGCACCUUCGACUUGAAGAACGAGUUCCAGGAGCAAUACCGUGGUCCCAUCAGGGAGAGCACUAUCCUGGCGCUGGAGCCCUCAACGGGCGAAGUGCAAUACGAAUGGGGAAAAAACUUCUUCUACAUGCCGCAUGGUUUAACCGUCGACCCCGAAGAGAACGUUUGGCUGACGGACGUGGCCAUGCACCAGGUCUUCAAGUUUCCCCCACGUGGGGGCAAUGGAAAGCCACUGCUUUCUCUUGGCGAGAGAUUCAAACCCGGCUCAGGUCGGAAAUUCUGCAAGCCUACAUCAGUGGCGGUGCUAGACAACGGUGACUUCUUCGUGGCGGAUGGAUACUGCAAUGCCCGAAUUCUUAAGUACUCGCCGGCUGGCGAUAUAAUCCUCACCUGGGGACAGAACUCCUUCGCCGGGGUCUCCUACGACGUGGCGCCACAGAACUUCUUUGCCAUUCCUCACGCCCUGACCCUCGUUCCGGAGCUGGAUCUGCUGUGUGCGGCGGAUAGGGAGAACGGACGAGUGCAGUGCUUCUUCUCCAUCAACGGCACAUUCCACUCACAGUACCACAGCCAGCUGAUAGGGGACCGCCUCUUUAGUAUGGCCUACACCCCGGCAGCGGGUGGGCAGCUGGUCAUCGUGAACGGACCCACUGCCGAGUUGGGCAUACAUCCUGAGCACUACAACGAGGUGCACGGCUUCGUAUUGAACAUGCGUAGCAAACAGCUGGUGUCCAAGUUCGGGCCCAAUAACUUGGAGUUCCACAACCCCCACGACGUGGCCGUCACAGCCGACGGCAACGAGAUCUAUGUGGCCGAGCUGAAUCCCAUGCGCAUCCACAAGUUCGUGCACAGAUCGCAGGCUAAGCCGAUGUCCUUGUCGGCCACCAAGGAUUCCAGCAACAGCGCCAUCAGCAAGUCUGUGGGGGAGGAGCCAGCGCCGUUGCAAACGGUGCACCAUCCCAGCGGCAAGGCCAUUCUUGUGGCCUCGCUCAUGCUACUCUUCGCCGGCUCCACUUUCGCUAUGGCUCUACUGUUCGCCCGACGAAGGAAAAGAGGUAACCAAGCGAUUAACUCCGCUCCGCCCAGCGACCUGGUCUACCGCAAGCUGACCUCUUCCAAUCAGAGUUGCCUUCCAUUCGGAGCCCGCAGUCGUCGCCAUGCAUGGGAGAAGAGCGAGGGCUUCAAGCUGGGCGGAUUGCUUGAUCGGGAUCGCAAUGGCUUCGAGAAGCUUGACCAGCAAGCCAGCGACGAGGAGCAGGAGACGACGACGCUGGCUGGCGCCCAGUUUGCCUAGGCGAAGGACCAAGACUUACACAAGCUAACAAAGCAUUCCUAGUUCUAACUACCUGUACCUCAUUGAACUAACGACUUAGUUGUACUUGUCCUAUGUGUGACUUUUGUUUGUGAAUUUAAUUUAUUUUUUUUAAGGGUUGCCUUCCGCAGAGAACUCCGAUUAUGAGUAGUGACUUUUUACAAUUUUAUGAAAUGUGUUUUUAAAUUUUCCUUACUGUGCCAUAACUUUUUAAACGCUAACCAGUUAUUGGUUGGUAUUUUACAAUGUUUGGAUGACCAGAUGUGCACACAUUUAUAAAAAUAGUCAUGUUACUCUUUGUAUAACUUUUUGAAGCAGAAAGACUUUUAAGAGCAAACGUUUUUAAUUGUAAUUUUUUAUAAAUAUGACUUACUAACCCCAUCCAUGCUCGAAAAUAUCUGAGAUAUAAUUCCAUGAACUUAUAAUUUUUAUUUUGAAAGAUUACAAUCGAAAUUCUCUGCCGAAUACGCUUAAUUUCUUGACUUACGCUGCGAUUGAUUUGCCAAAUGGAAUAUAGUCUUAUGAAUCUGU